AUGACCACACUUCUCUCAAAUCAAGGGCCGCUUGCUCAUGUUUGGCUAGCCUCAAACUACGACAAGAAACUCUCGAAACUGCAGUUUCUCAACACAGACAUCGUCUCCACGUCGAACCUCGUCUCCAGCCGCCAGCUCAGCGCGUCGUCGGCGGACGCGGACGGAAACACCAUCACGUUACGUCUUUCGGGACAAUUGUUAUUAGGAAUAGUUAGGAUAUACCUGCGUAAAACAAAGUAUCUCUUGGACGACGUGCACGAGACGUUGUACAAGCUUAAGAAUUCGUUCAAGGUGGCGAGCGGCGCGUCGCUUGGCCCGCUGGCCACGGCAAACGUCAACUUGCCGCCGCAGAGAACCACCUUGAGCAACCCCGCGCGGAUCCAGCUCCAGGACCAGGUCACGGACCUCGACUUGUUUUAUCAGGAGGACCUCGUUUUGGACGAUGAUGAGCCACAGACACUGGCAGAAAUAUUGGGCGCAGGCGCGGGCGCGAUUGCGUCUGAAUUAGAUCGCCUGAUGGAAGUAGGUAGAGGUGUAGAACCAGAUGUAGACUUCGACUUGGACUUGGAUUUCGACCUCGACGUAGUAGACGAGUCUGCGGACCAGUCCAUUGAGCAAGGUAGAGAUGCGCAGGUCGCUUUGGCCGACCCAGACCAGUCGCUCUUUGACUUGGACCAAAAACCACCGGCGCUUCCCGAAGUCGAUAUGGGCGCCGCUGCAGACCUAGCAGCGCCAAAUCCAGACGCAGAGCCAUUGACUCCAGAGUCGGCAUCCACAGCAGCACGCCCGGAGAGAAGACCCAGAGCCGGCGUCGACAACGGUGUAAUCAGAACCGCAAAGAGAAAAUUGGUCAUCGAUAGCGCCGCAGACUUGGAGAGAGGUAUUCCAAACAGCGUUCUUCGCGAGAUCCAGAGUCUUCAGCUUAACAGACGCUUCACAACCGAUGUGUUGACAGUACAGCUAUCCGCGCUGGAGAAAUUGGCGCUCAUAGAGGAACUCGCAGAGCCAAUGUACAUGAAGAGACGUAAAAUUGGCAACCUCGACGAGCAGCUUCGUCGGAGAUGCCUCGAGUUGUCUCUCGAAGAACAAGGUGCCAACGCUGCUCUUGCUGAGGAAACCUCGGAAAUGGGAACGAAUUUGGAGCUAGAUCUUGAUACAGACAUAAACUUUGACUUGUCUCUACCAGAUCUUGAGUCUGACAGAGCGUCCAGUCCAGAAGCCUCUACCGAAGCUGUUGAAGGUGAUAUCUUAGCCGAUCUGGAGGAUGCAAACGAUGACACAACCGUGGAGAAUCUCCGGGCCACUGCUCAAGUUGCAGGUCACUUGAGAGACGCCUUUUUUGAGCUCCCGCGUAUCUCUUUUAAUGAGCUCAUUCAAAAGGACAUAAAUAUGGUUGAUGGUGCACCUCUAGGUGCUACAAGUGUUACCGGCGAUUCUGUCAAAGUCAGCGAGCGCAGAGAGGCUACAAAAUGCUUUUUCGAGCUCUUGGUUCUUGCUUCGCAAGACUGCAUUACGUUGGAACAACCGCUUCCCGAGAUGGGAGUUGGUUUACCGGAGAACCCCUCCAUCAGGCCCAGAGACAAUCUUGUAUCUAAAUUUCUAUAG